CACAUCGCUGUCACUUCUUGAGUAUCUACGUUGACCUCGGAGGCCAUUCAGGCUGAGGAAUUUUCUAUCCUCUUUGUGCUUUCGUAUAUCUUUCCUUCGGGAGUUCUUGACGUCCCCGGGCUGGGCUGUUUGAGCGGCUCGUGGCCUGGUUCCCCCUCCUUCUCACAGGCCGUCCUCCGACGCCGCACAUAAUCGCGACCUUCCUUCCCCACACAAGAUGAAAUUGGAUGUCAAGAGACAGCUGUUCGCCCGCUCCGAGCGGGUGAAGGGCAUUGACUUCCAUCCAACAGAGCCAUGGAUUCUUACCACACUAUACAGCGGUCACGUUUACAUCUGGUCCUAUGAGACUCAAUCGAUCAUCAAAACCUUCGAGCUUACCGAUGUACCUGUACGAGCCGGUCGAUUCAUUGCCCGCAAGAACUGGAUUGUCUGCGGUUCAGAUGACUUCCAGCUUCGCGUUUACAAUUACAACACCUCUGAGAAGAUUGCUUCGUUCGAGGCCCACCCGGACUACAUUCGCUCAAUUGCAGUGCACCCCACGCAGCCAUUCGUUUUGACCGCAUCCGAUGAUAUGACAAUCAAGCUUUGGGACUGGGAGAAAGGCUGGAAGUGUGUUCAGGUUUACGAGGGCCACAGCCACUAUGUGAUGGGACUCUCGAUUAACCCCAAGGAUACUAAUACAUUCGCAUCCGCAUGCUUGGACAGGACCGUAAAGAUCUGGAGCCUUGGCUCACCGCAUGCCAAUUUCACCCUGGAGGCCCACGAAACCAAGGGUGUGAACCAUGUCGAUUACUACCCGCAGGCGGACAAACCAUAUCUUCUCACCACCUCCGAUGACCGGACCGUUAAAGUGUGGGAUUACACUACGAAAGCGCUCAUUGCUACGUUGGAGGGACAUACAAGCAACGUUUCUUUCGCUUGCUAUCACCCGGAACUGCCUGUCAUUAUCUCCGGCUCUGAAGACGGAACCAUCAAGAUUUGGCAUGCGAACACAUACAGACUCGAACAGUCUUUAAGCUACGGCUUGGAGAGAGCGUGGUGUGUCUCCUAUCAGCGAGGUCGGCAAGGCGUUGCGAUCGGUUUCGAUGAUGGUGCAGUAGUAGUGAAGAUGGGACGGGAAGAGCCAGCUGUUUCCAUGGAUGGUUCAGGCAAGAUUAUCUGGGCCAGACACAACGAGGUUGUCUCAACAGUGAUCAAGGGUGGCGAUGCUAGCAUUAAGGAUGGUGCGCCACUUUCCCUGCCUACGAAAGAGCUGGGAUCGUGCGAGGUCUACCCUCAGACCCUGUCCCACUCUCCCAACGGACGGUUUGUCUCGGUCUGCGGUGAUGGCGAGUACAUCAUCUACACUGCUCUUGCGUGGCGCAACAAGGCAUUCGGGCAAGCCUUGGACUUUGCCUGGGGUUCGAAGGACAACAGCAAUGACUAUGCCAUCCGCGAGUCGACCACCAGUGUCAAGAUUUUCAAGAACUUCAAGGAAGUCAGCGGCGGGCUUGAUGUAGGCUUCCAAGCUGAAGGUCUCACAGACGGUGUGUUGUUGGGUGUUAAGGGUCAAGGCGGAAUUGGUAUGUUUGACUGGGAGACUGGAAACCUGGUCCGCCGCAUUGAAGUCGACCCCAAGGCUGUAUACUGGUCUGAAUCCGGAGAGUUGGUGACUCUUGCCUGUGAGGAUUCUUUCUAUGUCCUCCGAUACUCCCGGGAGAACUACAUUGAGGGCUUGAACGCCGGCGAAGCCGACGAAGAUGGCGUGGAGUCCGCUUUCGAGGUUGUCACGGAUGUCAACGAGUCUGUUCGCACGGGUCAGUGGGUUGGAGACUGCUUCAUCUACACGAACUCGACGAAUCGCCUCAACUACCUGGUCGGCGACCAAACCUACACCAUCUCCCACUUCGACCAGGGUAUGUAUGUCCUUGGCUACCUGCCCCGUGACGGCCGUGUCUACCUUGCCGACAAGGAUGUCAACGUCGUAUCAUUCGGCUUGUCUCUCAGCAUGGUCGAGUACCAGACGGUGGUGUUGCGUGGCGACCUGGACACGGCAGCGGAGCUGCUCCAGGACGUUCCCCAGGAUCAGAUGAACAAGGUGGCUCGCUUCCUGGAAGGCCAAGGGUACAAGGAGAUGGCACUCGAGGUUGCAACCGACCCGGAACACCGCUUCGAGCUGGCCCUGGCCCUGAACAACCUCGAGAUCGCCCUCGAGAUCGCCCGCGAAGCCAACGUCGAGCACAAGUGGAAGAUCGUCGGAGACGCCGCCCUCGCGGGCUGGAACCUGGCGCUGGCCCAAGAGUGCUUUACCAAUGCCAAGGACGUGGGUUCCCUUCUCCUGCUGCACAGCGCCAGCGGCAACAAGGACGGGCUCCGCCAGCUGGCCGCCCAGGCCUCAGAAGCCGGCCUACACAACGUUGCCUUCUCCACCUACUGGUCCCUCGGCGACGUCGACGGCUGCAUCGACCUCCUGGUGCGGACGAACCGUCUCGCCGAAUCCGUCCUCUUCGCCCAGACCUACAAGCCCUCGCGGGCCCCCGCCCUCGUCGCCCAGUGGAAGGCCUCUCUGGAGUCCAACGGAAAGACCAAGAUCGCCCGCCUCAUCGGUAUCCCCCCCGGCACCCCUGACGCCGCCGCAGAUGAUGACCUCUUCCCCGAAUGGGACGAGUACAUCCGCCUCGAAACCGAGGGCGGCGCCGCCGCCGUCGCUGCUCCCGCCGUCCUCGAGCCUCCUUCGUCCGAGUCCCUGAUCGACGUCCACGGCGACGAUGAGACCGCAGACAACGGUGCCCCCGAAGUACAACCUGAGGCGGAUGAUGCGGAGGUCGUUGCCGAGGAUGAAGCUGAAGAGGAGGAGGACGAGGAGCAAGAGAAAUCCGAGUAAAAAUCACCCACCUA